AUGUAUGGUUUAUUAUUAGAAGGAUUACGUAAUUUUAUUAUUACUAAAUGGUCUACAGAAUUAUGGAUUGAAAUAUGUAAUCAAGCUAAUUCGCCUGAGAUUCAAUUUGAAACACGUAAAGUUUAUGAUGAAGCAUUAUUACCGAAUUUAUUUCAAACUAGUUCAAAAUUAUUAGAUAUACCUGAAGAUGAAAUUAAAUUUGGUAUGGGUAUAUCAUUUGUUGAAUAUGUUGGUGGUAAAGGUUAUCAAGGUAUAUUACGUGUACUUGGUAGAGAAUUACGUGAUUUUUUAAAUGGUUUAGAUAAUCUUCAUGAAUUUCUAAGAUCAAGUUAUCCAAAAAUUCGUCCACCAUCAUUUUUUUGUGUAAAUGAAAGUAGAACAGGUAUUACAUUACAAUAUCGUUCACAUCGUAUUGGAUUUGUACCAUUUUUUUGUGGAUGGAUGACUGAAUUAUCAAGAGUUUUAUAUUCAAAAGAAAUGAAAGUUGAAAUCGUCGGUCAAAAAGAUCGUGGUAAACAAGUUGAAACAAUUCUACGUUUACAUUUUCAUAAUCAUUCGUUUACUGAAAUAGAUGAAGAACUACCUGUUCCAGCGAUUGUAUUCUUCGAAGCAUUUCCUUUCAAUUUCGUAUUUAAUCGUGGUAUGAAGUUAUUGAAUAUCGGUAGAAGUAUGGCCAAUGCGCUACCAAACAUAGUUGGAAAAAAUGUGACAGAUAUAUUUCUUUUAUGUAGACCCGUUAUACCAUUCACUUGGGAUGAUAUAAUGCUGCAUACAAAUAUUAUAUUUGAACUAACAAGUAAUGAAAUAAACAAAGAAAUUAAUACCAAUGAUGAACAGAACAACACAGGAGAUCAGUCAGAUACAAAUCGAGGUAAAUUAAAACUUCGCGGUCAAAUGAAAUAUAUGAGUGAAUGGGAUGCUAUCGUAUUUCUUGGAACACCAAUUAUGCGUGAUGUGGAUUCAAUGCUAGAACUAGGUUUAUAUUUAAAUGAUUUGAGUAUGCAUGAUUCUAGCCGUGAUAUGGUAUUGGCUGGUGAACAACAGUCGGCUGAACUGAAAUUAGCACUGGAACAGACAUUCGAUAAUGUCACCCUGUUAUUAAGUGAUGUAGUAGGAUUUACAACAAUAUGCAGUGGUCUUGCACCAUUGGAAGUUGUAGGUCUACUUAAUAAACUUUAUUCAGUAUUCGAUGGACUUACAGAAAAACAUAAAGUUUAUAAGGUUGAAACAAUCGGUGACGCUUACAUGAUAGCAUCAGGAUGCCCAUCACGUACAGAUUAUCAUGCUCCAUUUAUUGCUGAGAUGGCACUCGAUAUGGUUGAAUCAGUUCAAACAGUUAAAGAUGAAUCUAAGGAACCACCAGAAAGUUUACGAAUACGUGUUGGUGUACAUUCAGGUCCAGCCGUUGCUGGUGUUGUAGGUGUAAAAAUGCCACGUUAUUGUUUAUUCGGUAGUACAGUUACAACAUCGGAACUAAUGGAACAAACUAGUUCACCUCAAAGAAUACAAGUCAGUGUGAAAGCAUAUGAAAAUCUUUUAAAAUACGGUGUUUAUGAUUUAACUGAGAAGGGAAGAGUUGAAUUAAAAGACGGUGGUACAAUAUUAACUUAUUGGUUAAAUGGUAGAUCAAAUUCUUCAGAUGAUGAGAAAACUGCUAAAUUCUUAGAUGAAUUAAAUACUGAACGUGAAAGAAUUGCCGAUUCCAAUAUGGCUUCAUCACAUCAACAUUCUGGUGAAAGUUGGGAAUCUGUAACAGCUAGUCGUUGUAGUUCCGCUAGAACAUUGGCAUCAAAACGUAGUUCAAUGUCAUUAUCUCAACGUGCUAGUUUAGCAGAUCCAGGAAUUGAUAUAAAAUCAAUGACAAGAUUAAAAAGUUUAGCACAAAUUAAUGAAAAUAAUAAACGUUAA